AUGGGCAGUAGGCUAGGACCGAACUACGCUUGUCUGUUCGUCGGCCACGUCGAAGAACAAAUCUUCCAACAGUAUCCUGGAAAGAAGCCUGACCUCUACAAACGAUAUAUUGACUACAUCACAGCCUGCAGCAAGAACGAACUUGACAACUUUGCUGAAUUUAUCAACAACUUUCAUCCAAGCCUUAAAUUCACUUGGGCCAUCAGUGACAAUCAACUGCCUUUUCUAGAUCUCCUGCUGAAACCAACACCCCAAGGACUAAGUACUUCCAUCCACUACAAAGAAACCGACUCACACUCAUAUCUUACAAACACUUCGUCACAUCCCGUCUGA